AUGGAUCCUGUAUCCAUCAAAAUCCCCGCCCAGGAACCUGCCAAACAGUUUGCAAACCUAACUCCACUUACAAUCCAACAGCCAUGUGAUGAAAACGGCCCAAUGAUAUCUCCGUCCCUCACUCUUACACCGUUUCAAGCAUCCAUUCAGUCAUUAUCUCCUGGCCCAGUGGAGAUUCACGAAGCCAGGGCUGUCCCGUUUUUCUUCCAUAAUAACAAGUCACUUUUGCUUGUAGAUCAGCAGCCUAUCACCGAAUCACGAGCUGACCAGGAGCUGCGCACCUCUCCAGGUGAUAUGGAAAUGAAAGUUGUUCGACCGACGACCCCAAAUACAUCUAAUCAAGACACAAUAGCUGAUGUUGACUCUCCACUCCGAAACCCUCGUCCUCCGCCAAAACCCUCUGCCGUAAAGGUUAUUCCUCCAACACCUAUGGAUGAAAUUGGCCAACCCGCUGUUCCAGAAAAAAUCAAUUCCGAAAAAUUCAAUGGCGGAAUGCAUCGCCUCGGCUCAGUUCGCCGUGCUUUGAGCUCCCGGAGACGUGCCGAAAUAUACACUGCCCCGGUUUUAUCUCAAAAUGUACGAAAUCCCAAAGCGGGCAAACAGAUAGACAGCAAAUUACAUCCAUUUUGGCUACCUCGACCAUUUUGGGAAGGACUUGUGGACUCUGACCUCGAUGGCGAGGGUAUCACCAGGCCUGAUUCUCCUAGCACGAGGAAUAUCGAUGAUCUGUACGUCAGUAACUCUUUGGGUAUACCGCAUAAGCGCGUCGUAUUCGCCGGCCCACUGUCAGUUCUUCGGCGGAUGUCCAACCGUUCUCGGCAUCGGACCACGCAUCGCAAGAGUGGCAACCAAGAAUUUCCAUCCUUCUACAACACUGGUUUCCCACCCCUUCGGAUGGCCGAUAAAUCUCAUAUAAUGAAGAUCUUUUUUUUCCCGGCGCCGGUCUCGCGUAUCUACGAAAUAUAA